AUGGAGGAUCUUCCUGACAUUAAAUACAUACAUUUUCCAAUAAUUAAGCUAACUGACUUUUGUUCAGACAGUGGUUCUGGAGAAGAACAAACAAGUAGUACCGAGGAAUUAACUGAUGAUGAAAUUGAUUUAGAAGAAAUGAAUAAGACUUUUAGUCGAUUGUCACUUCAAGGCACAACAGAAUUUAACAAUGAAAUAAACAAACAACCCUCCUUAUUAAAGAAAAAAAAAAUGUCAUCAGCCCUCCAAAUAGGUAAUGAAAUCAUUGAACACCAAAAAAAACAAACUGAAACUACACUUAACUCAACAAUAGAAAAAAGUUAUGAAAGAGUUGAAGAUGUUAGUUCACAAAUAAAUAUAACUAAUGAAGAAGACAUACAAGAAGAAAAAGAAAGAGAUGAAUGUUUAAAUAACGAACGUUAUUCAUUUAACAAUGUUGGAAGUGUUGCUACCAUUGAAUCAAAUGAAAAUGUAGAUAAUAUCAUUGAUAUUAUUGAUACUGCAAACGAACCUAAAUUUUCAAUGAAUGAUUUUGUAAAAAAUCGACUCUCUACAGAAGACAUAGUUUCUGAACAUAGUCAGUGGCAUGGAGAAGAAGAUCAUUUUUAUUCAACAAUAUCAGAUUUAAAUAGUAUAUAUUUUAGUUCAUUUCUUGUACACUAUUUAGGUGCCUUAAAACCAUUGUUAGAUUUUACUCCACGUACUACUAUCAGUCAUUCUAUUAAAAAUUCUUUACAAAGAAUUUCUGCUAAAAUUACAUCUUCUCCACGUUCUAAUUCCCCUCCAUCAUCAGAACCUACAGAAGAAUAUUGUAUUAGACUAUUACAAAACAUCAAAGAUAUCCAACAACAAGAAAUUCUUGAUAAUUUAACUUCACUUAAUAAAGGAAAAGAAUUACUUGACUUUGCUUCUAAUAAUCAAAUGAAAGAAAUUCCUUCAUCUCCAUCUGAUUGUGUAUUAAUGUUAUUGUUUGUUAUUAACGAAUAUAAUAUGGGUUUUUUUACUCCAACAUUACCAAGUAAACCUGACUAUAAUAAACUUCAAAUGAAUGAUUUACGUGUAAUGAUUCAUUCAUUAUCAAAGAAACAAAAAACUAUCAUUGAAGGAAUAUUAGAUUUAACAAAUGUGCCAUACAUUCAAAUUCUCGCUCUUUUUGGUUUGUUUAGUUCUGGACAAAGUGCAAUGGAACGAACAAAUGCUAUUCCUCAAGCAUACUGUAUGUAUGAAGUGUUAAUGAAUAGAAGAAUUUAUUUGAUGGAAGGUGUUGUUAAUGGCAUUUCUAUUGUAAAUAAAGAAAUAAAUUUAUGUACGUUACAAGCAUUAAUUAAUAAAAUGUCCAUUCUUGACGAUAAAAUGUUGACUAUUAUUUGUCAAGUUCAUUCAUUAUUUUGUGACUCAGAAGAAUUUAUUGAAAAACUUCGAACACAUUGUCUUUAUCGUUCUAUUGAAAUAUACAGAAGUGUAUUUAAAGAUAUUGAUAAAGAAAUAGACACUCCUUUACUAAUUACAGUUGAAUCAUUAUGUAAUAUACUUCUUCCUUAUCUUGAUAGUCCAAAAAUUUUAGCCCAAGCAAUUACAACAGUAUUUAGUAAUGCUCUUUGUUUAAUUAAUCCAAUUGAUUUUAUUGUAGAAGAAAGUAAAGGAACAAUGUUCUAUAUUCAAACUGUUGAUUUAUUUCAACAAACAUUAUGUCAUAUUUUACAAACCAAACCUUCUUCUAUUAAACAAGUUAUUGCUUUAGGAAAAGAACUAAAAGACCUUAAUAAUUUUGAAGGAGCUGGUGCUGUUGGUCUAGCAAUCUCUUGCAGAUGUAGUGAUGUAGAACUUAAAAAAUUAAAAUCAAAAUACAAACAAAUUAUUACAUCAUUAGCCACUAUGUUUAUGGCUCGAACGAAUAUGUACACUAAAACACUUAAUGACGCUUCAUUUCCUAAAAUUCCUGUUUACGCUUUCUCUAAAAAUGUUGUAGAAAUGUCAAAAGUAAAACCAACUUUUUGUGAAUUUUAUCCAGAAUAUAUCGAUUUUGGUGGUAAAUGUUUACCAAUAGGAAAUAUCUGUUAUUUGUAUAAGUGUUGCCAAAUGAACCCUUAUCAAAUUAAACUUAACGAUGAUGUUUUACAAAAUAUAGUUGAUAAAUGGCUUGGUUUUCAUUAA